AUGCCAUGCAUCAUGGCCAAUCCUCAAACGAUGCAAUGGCGAGUUUCGGCCACGUGGGCGGUGGGCAAAAAGGCCAAGACGCGGCAUUUGCCGCAUUUCAAACAUCUGAUACCAUACGACAGCGCAAUGCAGCAGGAGAUGGAGGUGCAAAACCCUCAGAAGACUAUGGGCGAUCAAGAGUUCGAGGAGGCCUUCGCCAGGUACUCUGCAGCGCUGGACGAUGACGAGGAGCACGUGCCGACGCUGUGCAACCGCAGCCUGACGGCGCUGAAGCUGGGACGCCCAGAGGAAGCGCUGCAGGACGCGGAGGCGGCCCUGCACCUGCUGGCAGAGGCAGAUGAGGCGCCGCCGCCGGGGCAGCUGGCCAAGGCGGUGCACCGCAAGGCGGAGGCCCUGCUUGCCCAGGGAGAGCUGCUGGAGGCAGUGCGAGCUUACCGUCAGGGCCUGGCGACCUGCCGCGGCUGCCCCGAGCUGCAAGCCGCGCUGCGGCUGGCAGCUGAGGAGCUGCCGGUGGGCUGGCUGGCCAAGUACUGGGCCCGGCAUGUGGAGGCGGCGCAGGCGCCCAACCCGCUCUCCAGCCGAGACGGCCGCCUCAUCAAGCCGGUGCCACCCGAGCUGCGCCUGUCGGAGGAAGACCUGGUGGCGCACCUGGAGGCUGCGCUGCACCCGCUGCAGGACGAGGCCCGCGACCUGCUGUGCGAGGCGUGGGCGGCGGGGCAGCGCCCCGCCCGCGCCGAGGCCGCCUUCCUGCGCGGCGCCGCCUACCAGGCUGCCGGCAACGCCAAGCAGGCGCUCAAGGACGCCCGCUUUGCCCUGGUGUACGGCCCCCAGCUGGACGACCUGCCCCCUGCAGCAGCACCAGCAGCACCAGCGCCAGCAGCGGGGCCAGCAGGCGCGGGCUCCAGCGGCGCGAUGGUGCUCAGCAACGGCGGCGGCGGCGGCGCCGGCGGCGGCGGCGUGGUUGCCGAUGCGCUGCCUCCCGGCGCGGGCGCGGGCCGCACCUCGGCCUGGCCCGCGGCGCUGGCCCUGCAGUCUGCUGCGCUGGAGGCGCUGGCUGACAAUGUGCUGGCUGCGCUGUCCAUGGCCCGGGCUGCCGAGCUGCAGCCCGAGAGCGAGGAAUACGCGGCGGCCCUGGAGCGCCUGAUGCGGCGCAUCCCAGAGGAGUGCGCGGCGGCGCUGCAGGCCAACGGCGCGGCCGGGCUGGAGGCUCAGCUGGCUGGGGAGCGCGAGGCGGCGCGCCCCGAGUACCUGCGCCAGCGGCCCAAGUACUACUACUAUUACGAGUGGAUGAGGAAGCGCAUCAGCGCGCAGUACCCCGCCCUGCCCGAGCCUGUGAUGGACAAGAUGCUGGCGCUGGAGGCCAACGAGCUGGACAUGGUACUGCAGUAUCCCAAAGCCACGCAGAUGACGGUGGAGCGGCUGCUGGAUGUGUACCGUGAGCAGGGAACCGAGAAGCUGGAGACGUAUGCGGUACCACUGCUGUCCUGGCAGGACUACCAGGACAUCAGGGAGGAAAGCGCAGCCGCCGCCGCGCUGCCAGCCGGCACCUCCGGCAGGCUGCUGCAGGGCGGCAGCGGCGACAGCAGGCCGCGAGCUGUCGCUCUUGGGCCCGGCGGUAGCCAGACUGGCAGUGGUGGGAGCGGCAGCAAGCCUGGCACCGCCGCAGCGGCGACAGAUGCCAGCGGGCAGGCGGCGCCGCCGACGCCGCCCGCGGUGCCGGAGGCGGCGGUGGGCCAGGACGAGGGCCAGGAUAUGGCGAGCGAGGCGGGCAGCCUGGACAUUGACGACCUGUGCGGCCUGGACUGA